UCCCUUGCAUUUUGUGAUUCCAGGUGUCUGCAUCAAUCGCACAUUAAUCUCUGGCAUCUUUAUCAAGGACAACCCCAAUAUAAUCAGCAUGACGGAAACACGCAAGAUUGUCAUCCUCGGAGCCUCAUGCGCUGGUCUCGGAGUCGCACAUUACCUCGCCAAACACGUCUUACCCCAAUUGAAUGAGGAGACCAAAUAUGAGCUGCACAUCGUCGACCCGAGCACACGUUUCUGGUGGCACAUCGCGGCUCCUCGCCAGAUCGUCACAAUGAAGGACCUCACUGUCGACAAAACUUUCGUACCCAUCAAGGACGGUUUCAAGCAGUACACCUCGCUCCAGGACAACAUCUUCUUCCAUCAAGGAACUGCAUCCGCGCUGGACAUUGAAGCCCGCACGGUGACAUUGACCAAUUCGGGAGGUGAAGACAAGCAAACCCUCGACUACUACGCUCUAGUCAUCGCCACAGGCACAACUUCUCCCACGCCUCUCACCACCUUUCACGGCGACUACACCGUCUCCCAGAAAGCCUUGGAAGAAGUCAACACCAAACUCGCCUCCGCGAAAGAAAUCGUCAUCUCAGGCGGCGGCCCGAUAGGCGUCGAGACCGCCGGCGAAAUCGGGCAGGUCUUCGGCAACAAAGCGAAGAUCACCCUCAUCACGGGCUCUGAUAAGCUUCUGCCUGUCCUGAACGAAGCUCGAUCCAAGAAAGCCGAGGGAAUGCUCGCUAAACUCGGCGUGUCUGUCAUCUACAAAGUCACCGUUGACAAGGACGAAGCUUCGUCUUCUGAUCCCGAGAAGACGGCUCUUACUCUCAGCAAUGGCAAGACUAUCUCCGCAGACGUGUAUAUCCCUGCACACGGUGUCAAGCCGAACUCGGAGUUUUUGCCUGCUGCUCUCAAGGACGACAAGGGCUACACCAAGACGAAUUCUUCGACGCUGCGAAUCGAUGCAGCGGGUCCGCGGGUGUAUGCGGCGGGCGACAUCGCGGGUGUAGACAACGGUGGCAUGUUGAACAUGUACGAGACACUGCCGGUGCUGAAUAGGAAUAUUGCGAAGGAUCUGCUCGAGAAGCAUGCGGUGCCGGAUCAGACGUAUACAUUCAAGCCAUCGGAGACGCAGGUUGUACCGAUUGGACCGAAGACUGGAGUCGGAGCCUACAGCGGAUGGACGAUUCCUGGGUUCGCCGUGGCGAUGGUCAAGGGCAAGGACUAUUUUGUUGGGCAGGUGCCUGACUUCACGGAGGGAAAGAAGUUUGUCAAGGCUUGA